GCGUACUUCGUGUCUGAACUCGUCGAGUAGGAAUAGGGAUUGUGGGUAAUCUAUUGCGACGACAACGACAAGCCCUCUCAAAAUGGCAACCGAGCCAAACUAAAAUUUUACCAUAUUUUGGGACCAAAAUACCUCCCAUUUUUGAAACUUUGGAAGGAAAAACUUGUGAUAAAUUUUUUUAUCAUGGAAAGCGCUGGUGGAUCAAAUCAGAAAAGCGAGUUUCUGGUGGGUGGAAAGUAUCGUUUGGUAAGAAAAAUAGGCAGUGGGUCGUUUGGAGACAUUUAUUUGGGCAUCAACAUAACAAACGGUGAAGAGGUAGCUGUAAAACUUGAAUCAACCAAGGCACGGCACCCCCAGUUGCUGUAUGAAAGUAAACUGUAUAAGAUUCUUCAGGGUGGUGUUGGAAUCCCGCAUAUUCGCUGGUAUGGCCAAGAAAAGGAUUACAAUAUUCUUGUGAUGGAUCUCUUGGGGCCAAGUCUUGAGGAUCUUUUCAACUUCUGUUCUCGAAGAUUCACAAUGAAAACCGUUUUAAUGCUUGCUGAUCAAAUGAUAGGCCGAAUUGAGUAUGUCCACAACAAGAAUUUCAUCCACAGAGAUAUCAAGCCUGACAACUUUCUCAUGGGAAUAGGUCGCCAUUGUAACAAGGUUUUCCUAAUCGACUUUGGAUUGGCCAAAAAAUACCGAGAUAGCAGAACUCGCACUCACAUUGCAUACAGAGAAGAUAAAAAUCUCACUGGAACUGCUCGAUAUGCAAGUAUCAAUGCACAUUUAGGAAUUGAACAAAGCCGAAGAGACGACAUGGAAUCCCUUGGAUACGUUUUGAUGUACUUUAAUCGUGGAAGUUUACCAUGGCAAGGACUUAAAGCCAACACGAAAAAACAAAAGUAUGAAAAAAUCAGUGAGAAAAAGAUGUCCACACCAGUUGAAGUGCUGUGCAAAGGUUUCCCUGCAGAGUUUGCCAUGUAUUUGAACUAUUGCCGUGGACUGCGCUUUGAAGAGGCUCCUGACUAUAUGUAUCUGCGACAACUGUUCCGAAUUCUUUUCCGAACCCUGAAUUAUCAGUAUGAUUAUACAUUUGAUUGGACAAUGUUGAAACAGAAAGCAGCACAAGUUGCUCAGUCAACAGCAACUGCAGCUGCAACUGCUGGCCGCUAAAGAUUCGUUUUAUGAGAAUAUUGAAUCUACUAAGUUUCAUUUGAUGUCUAAGAACAAAGAAUCUUGAGUAAUUUAAGAAAUGUGAUAGAAUGAACAGAAUGCUCAAGGUAUUCUAGCAUGUCUGAGAAAAAAUCUGCUAGUUAGUAUGAGAAACUGUAACAUUAGACAAUGUUUAGAGGGAUUUUGUAUUUUGAUUGAAAAAGAAAAUUUGCAGGUAUUGGAAAGUCGAGAUCUGUAGCAAUGUAUGAAUGUGGAAAUGACUGAAAAAUGUCUGAAUUGUACAUGGCAGAUAUUAAGCUUAAUGCUUUAGAGCUUUUGUUGGUACAGGUUCCUGCAGAUCUAUGAUUCUUUGUUUUUCAAAUUAACUUUAUAAAGGAGGAGAAUUGUGAUAAUAUUUGUUUUUUCAAAUAUAUUUAUUGAAAAUGCUUACCUGGCAAUAAUUUAUUGUGAAUAGUUGACACUUUCGACCAUGGUUUGUAAUUUGUCAUUUUGGAAGUCAAAUUGUAUAACCAAAGUUUUUGCAAUUUAAAAAAUUGGAUGGUAUUGUAUUGAAUUGGUUAAUAAAUGUUGUUAAUGUGCUCAUUGGCAAAAAUAGUAAGACCAUUGUUGUACAUGUAUUAACAUAAUGUACAUUGUCAUAUUAUUUUUUACUUGUAUAACUGUCUUUAAUAACGGUAACAUUGUUAAUUUGCUUUCUUAAUCUGUCAAAAUUUUGGUUUGAAGUGGAUUGUUUAAACAAGAUCAAUGUCAUGUGGUAGUGAAAUACGUUUUUAUGUCAUCUAUUCACUUGUUUGAGUACAUGUAUGUGUCAACAUUAACAAGAUAAACUUAAGUGCAAACUUUUUUUUUUAUUAUUAUUUUUUGUUUGUUUGUUUUUUUUCUCCAUGUGGUAAAAUGAUUAUGCUAUUUGUUACACAUGCUAUAUUUGUUAUAGGGAACUGAGUGAGAGAGAGGGAGAGAGAGUUAUUUUCCUUUUAUUUGUUGAACAAGUCAAAAGUCAUAUGAAUUUGUUUUGAUUAUAUUUAUUAAAUCUAACAACUUCAUUACAAUAUUAGCUGUCAACACCCACAUGUAGGAACCAUUUGAUGUAGUUGUGUAUUGUAAUAUGAGGUAUUUAAAGAAGAAAAAUUAAUUUAGUGGAUAGAUAAAUACAUUAUUUUUUCAUUCAGUUCCAUUGUGUAAGUGCAAGUCUCUUUUAAAGUGCUUCAACUCAUAACUGAACUCUUAAGUAUUUCUCAUAAUUUUUUAAGACUUACUUUAUGGUUGUAAGAAAUGUAGUAAUUCAUCAUAGUCAUCUGUCUGUAACCAUGGUAACUGUUUGUAUGAAGAGCCAAAGUAAAUUUGAAUGUAUUUAAUCUACUAGAACACAAAUGUAAUGUUUGAGAUAUCAGAGUCCAAUAAAAUCCUCUGUGUGGUGAA